AUGGCACCACCAGCUUCGACCAAAAUCAUUGACUCUGCCUUUUCCCGCAGUAGCCCAUAUGCUCUAUCUUACACAAAUCCUGAGCAGAAAUGGCUCAUCCGAGAACACCUCCUCUCCCUAUUACACGACUUCCCCACUCUGUCCCCCUCGGCUGACACCUUCUUCCAUGAUGAUGGCAACAUCGUCUACAUUCUAAAUGCAAGCGGCCACCUCCCAAUCUCCAGUGCAACACCUCCCGUUCCUCUCACCAUCUGGCUCCAUCAGGACUACCCCUUUUCUCCUCCUAUUGUCUUCCUCUCACCCACUCCCACCACCCCACUUCUCCCUCUCCACCCUUUCGUACAUCCCUCUGGUCUUACUACCUCUCCCUACCUCAAUACCUGGCGCUACCCUCACUCCAACCUCUCCGACCUUGCACACAACCUUGUCUGCCUCUUCAGCCACCACCAUCCUUUCUUCUCUCCUUCAGCCUCGUCGUCUGCAGCCACCUGCAGGUUCACCCACCCUGCCCUUGCCUCGAAAGUAGAGGCCAUUGACGGUCUCUUUGGGGCGAUUCUCUGUGACAUGCUGGACUUAGGCGCCAAAGCAGAUGAUGAUAUACACGAACUAAUGGCUUUACAAGCUGAGCUGCUUGCUCGAGCCGAUAUCAUCACAACCAUGUUACUGGGGCUUGAACAUGAAAGGACAACUUUGAUACGGAGGGUGAAAAAACUGACAGAGGAAUCAGACAUACUGAUAAAUUGGUUGAAAGUCAAUGGAUCCAACGCUGUUGUCGCUACUUCCGAGGAUGAUAUGGAGGCAUUUGAGGCUGCAGAUGAGGAGUCGAGAAGCUUGCUCGAUUCUGUGGCAGCAGACCUGGCCAUAGAGGAUUGUAUAUAUGAAUUGGACAGAGCAGUGGAGAGAGGGGUAAUUACUUUUCACCAAUACAUCAAGCAGGUAAGGGCCUUAGCAAGAGAGCAGUUCUUCUACAGACUACAGGGCUAG